UGGGUCUAUCAGCUGAGGCCGCGUUGGCCUAGGACUGGGAUGCUGCCCGCGCGAGGAGUCAUGGCCAACUUCCGUCUAGCACUAAUCCAGCUUCAUGUAUCUGCUGUCAAGUCAGAUAAUCUGAACAAAGCUUGUGGAUUGAUAAGAAAAGCAACAGCACAAGGAGCAAAAGUUGUGGCUCUGCCUGAAUGCUUUAACUCUCCCUAUGGUACUAAAUAUUUUCGUGAAUAUGCAGAGAAAAUCCCUGGAGAAUCCACACAGAAGCUCUCAGAAGUUGCAAAAGAGUGUGGCAUCUAUCUCAUUGGAGGAUCCAUUCCAGAAGAGGAUGCUGGGAAGUUGUAUAACACGUGUACUGUUUUUGGACCUGAUGGUGCUACGUUGGCUAAGCACAGAAAGAUUCAUUUAUUUGACAUUAAUGUUCCUGGGAAAAUCCGGUUUCAGGAGUCAGAAACUCUGAGCCCAGGGGACAGUUUCUCCAUCUUUGAUACUCCAUACUGUAAAGUGGGACUGGGGAUCUGCUAUGACAUCCGAUUUGCUGAGCUUGCUCAAAUCUACACACAGAAAGGUUGCCAGCUGCUAGUGUAUCCAGGGGCUUUUAAUAUGACAACUGGACCAGCCCACUGGGAACUGCUGCAAAGGGGACGAGCGGUUGAUAACCAAGUCUAUGUGGCUACUGCAUCUCCUGCUAGGGACGAGAAAGCGUCUUAUGUUGCCUGGGCACACAGCACUGUAGUAAACCCAUGGGGGGAAGUCAUAGCCAAAGCUGGCACUGAGGAAACCAUUAUCUACACAGAUAUAGACCUGAAGAAGCUUGCAGACGUCCGCCAACAAAUCCCCAUUCUGACUCAAAAGCGCUCAGAUCUUUACAGCAUAGAGGCAAAGAGAGAGUGAGGCUUCAUGCGUACAGCUCCAUGCUCUUCAAAACUCAGAUCAAGAGCCGCUCUUUUGACAUUUGCUUGUAUCAUCAGACAGAAAAAGACAGUAAAAUAAUCAUUCACAAGCUAUUGCUGACCUUGCAUUCGAUAACCAUACAGUUAAGCACAAGAGCACAGGGUUCAUUUCAGAAUUAUACCAGCAUUAAGUGAAGCUGAGUAGAGGCGGCUUGUGAGCUGGCUUUUAUCUCCUUUCAUACUUUAGCUAUUUCAUGGCACUUUACAAAGCCAUGACUUAAGUGCUGGGGUAGAGUUUUGCCUGCAGCUUUUGAACACUGAACCUUGUCUAGCUGAGGAGGAAUGCUGGCCAGGACCCUGCACUUUCUGAAAAGUGCCAUGAGACUUUGUAGUUUAUACCCAAACGAUUAUUGAAGGUCUAGUAUCUCGACUGUAUUGGAUAGAGUGAGCCCUGCCGUGAGGCUUGAACCCACUGCUGUGGGUCCAGAGGUACGGCUAACACCAGCCCACUGACAUACACCGAAGUUAUAUUUUCUGUAUGCAGUGAUGUAAAAUCAAAGGUCUUUCUACUGUGCCUGUCACUGUCAUAUCUAGGCAUCAAAUUAAUGAUGACUUUUCUUCUCCUGCCUUUCUGCCCUAUGCAUCCCAGCCUGGGCAUAGAGGAUGAAUUCCUACUCCCGUUUGCUGCUGCUCGCAGUUCUCUAGCACUUGCCUGUCUUCCUGCUUCAGGUUCCCUCUGGAGCCUAUUGCUGUCAACCCUUAACUGGCUGCGGAGGAGGGGACACUGGGCUAAGGCUGCCAUUUUAUGCAAGAUCCUUGCAACUGUGUUCAGCAUCAGUAUCUACCAAGUUAAUUUUUACACUGUUCUUUAUAUUAAACACACUAUUAUUCUUA